AUGAGCUCCUUUAAUGCUGAUUCCGGCGUAUUGACAGCCUUGGCAAGUCAGCUACAUCUUUCUGCGACUCUGGAAAUCAAUGAACUUGUUCAUCGGCAGGCAGCCAAAGGGCACAAAGUUGUCCAUCUGGGAUUUGGAGAAGCCACCUUUCCCAUCCAGCAGAGCGUUGUUGCAGCUCAUAGGCAAGCCAGCGAUAUCACUAGCUACCUCCCUGUGGCGGGACUGAUGAAACUGAGAGAGGCUGUUGCCAAGUUUCAAUCUCGCCGUCUUAAUCAUUCAAUUCAUCCACGCCAGGUUGUAAUCGCUCCGGGAUCGAAGCCGUUAUUGUUUGCACUCUUCGAUGUUCUUCAAGGAGAUGUGCUGUUGCCGCGACCAUCGUGGGUUAGCUAUGAGCCACAAAUUCUUCACGCGGGUAAACGAGUCUUUUGGGUUGAAAUGGAUGAAAUGGAUCGCCAUACUAUCACAGAAUCUUCUCUUGAAACGGCUUUUGACAAAGGUGUCAGCGAAGGUGGAAACCCUCGAAUUAUGCUUAUUAACAGUCCAUCCAACCCAACCGGUCAGGCCUUUAGCCAACAAGAGAUCGACAUUAUCACAGCUUUUUGUCGGCGCCAUAAUAUCACUCUCAUUAGUGACGAAAUUUACGCAGAUAUAAGCUUUUCAGAGAAACAUGGCGCUACUCCUUGCUCGGCUUCUCAGUUCAAUGACGGCCAGAAGAUCUUAACCGGCGGACUUUCCAAGACUUAUUCUGCCGGAGGGUGGAGAGUGGGAUAUGCCAUCUUCCCUAACAACGAGUUUGGAGAAAAGCUGCAAUCGGCAGUAUUAGCCUAUGCUUCUGAAUGCUGGUCUGCCGCCUCCGCUCCGGCACAAGAAGCCGCAGCUGUUGCAUUUGCUACCAGCCCAGAGAUGGACUUGUAUCGCAGUCAAAUUGUGGCAUUACACAAACGAUGCACACUGGCCUUGUAUCAUGCCUUGCGUGAGUGCGGUCUUGCAGUUGCAGAGCCAAAGGGUGCCUUUUAUGUGUAUCCAUCUUUCCACCCGUAUACACAGCAGCUUGAGGCUCUUGGCAUUAUAACAAGUCAACAGUUAUCGCACUGGCUUAUUGAAGAGUGUGGUGUUGCGGCUCUUCCAGGGUCCGUUUUCGGGGAAGACGAUGCUGGGUUAAUCGGCGGUCGAUAUCGCUUGCGAAUGGCCACAAGUUAUCUAUACUUUCAAAGCCAUGCUGAAAGAUAUGAGCGUGGAUAUGAAACCCUGUCUUUAGCUUCCGACACGAGUAGCCCUUUGACGCUACCGUUGCUUGAUGAAGCGAUAUUGGCAAUACGGAAUGCUGUAGGAAAGCUCCGUGCGGCGGCAUAA